AUGGAGCACCAACAAUUGCAGAAGUACGUUGAUUUGUACAAUAAGGAGGUCGAGGAAUUCUACAAUGGUGCCGCAUCAGGCCGCCCAAGAGAGUUCCAUCCUUCCAAAGUACAUAUAAAGAGCAUCCAUGAAAAGGCGAGUACCGCCAAUUCUGGCGUAGAAAUCUCUAGCCUUGGUGUAGACUGGGAUAGCGAAGAGAAAGAAACCUUUUUCUGGUGCCUUUCACGCUAUAGUAUCCACCGUGUAGACGAGUGGCGCUCAUUGUUGCCUCGGAAGAGCGCCAUGGAGAUCCUGGGUUAUUACAGGUUGUUGAGGAGAGCAAGCUUAAGCGCGAGGUCGCGUAAGGCGGGUGAUGACGGAGCGCCCAUUGCGUACGAAAUGAGCGCUGAAUGGGUUGCCCUGGAGACAAAACUGAGCGAGGCAGUGACGGCCAUCACGGAAGGCGCAGCCGAGGUUGCCGAUGAGGAAGGACACAGCGAGGGGCUUAUCAAUUAUGAAAGCUGGAAACGCAGGUGGGUAGCCAUCUACUCGCACAGCCGCAUCGCGGAGAUAAGACCCUUGCCCCGCCACGCGCUGCCGCUAUCGCGCAGCGCGACGGAGACACUGGAGCGCUGUGUCCGUCGCUACACACGUGCACUGCUGUGGUGCACGGCACUUGCGGGCAUGGCUUCCCGCAGCGUCAGCGCAAGGGCGGCGGGUUCUCGAGGAUGCAAGUCGCUACCGACGGUCGUCACUCGGCGGCAAGUCGAGCGUGCUCUAUGCACAGAAGCACGUGCACGUGACCUGCACGUGCUUCCCCGACGCAUUGCUUUAACACUGCGCAAAUGGGAACUGGACUAUCCGCGGGAGGGCAAAUUGUUCCGCACCAAAGAAAUGGCAUGUCUGUUUUUACAAAGCCAGUUAUCAAGACGGGAUGCUCCUCCAGUUCACCAAGACGAAAAUCAGGACGAAAAUCAGGACAAAAAUCAAGAACAAGAUACCACUGCAAGUGAAAGUGGAAGCGAAGCAGAAAGGAAUGAAAUCAACGAAGCGGACUUGUUCCGAUCAGCAUUACACGAGAAUCAGUUGCUAAAAUGGUUAUCCAAAUAA